ACAAGUUCCAAGAGAUGAGUGUUUCAUGAUACAUCUCACCAGCAUUUGACAUGAUUGGUUUCUCUCUAUUAUAACAAAAAUCCCAAUAGAGAUGAGGCUGAAAGCAGCAUUGUUGGACCCCCAGAAAAUCAUCUCGAGCGAGCGAACAAAUUUUGCGUGACUCUUUCUUAUGUCACUUUUGAUUUUAUUAACUGGUGGUUAAUUAGAGGAGCUGGUAACAAUGGUAGUACAUUCUGCUGACGAUGAUGAACAUAUGAGACACUCUCAUUGGACGAGUGAUAUGCUGUCUGCAUUGGCAACUCUUGUAUGCGAAUCUGGGAAACAUAGAAAGCCCGGGACGAAUAGAAUGACGCAUGAAGCAUUGGUGGACAUUUCUAACGGAAUGACAGUACAUUUCCCAGAGGAGUCUCAUGUUGGUAAGUUUGAGACUGAAAAGCUAUCAAAGAGACUAAAGAUCAUCGUGGACGAUUAUAUGCUUGUUUUUCUUCCCUUGUCAAAGCAAGAGCAUGUCGUUGGUUACAACCCACAAUUACACCAUUUCGAUGUUGCAUGUGGAAACGAUACUCAUGAAUCAAUCAACUGGGCAAAGUUCACUGUUGCAAAGGUACUCGGUAUUACAACAAAGGCUUUGAGUAAGUUCUUCACUGAGAACUGUGAGUACUUGGAAAUCAUAGUACCAUUUAUUGAGAUUUCUGCGGUGGAGAGACGAGCAGUGCUGGAGAGAAUUGCAACCCUGAAAGAAGAACUCGGAGGAGUGUCGUUCGUCAGUGUGUUUGAGCCCUCGCUAUCUUCAUGGCGUUCAAAAGUGUGCCUGGAUCUCCUCCCGCAGAUGGUGGAUCUCGGGUAUUGUUCUAAUGAUCAAAUGAAACUGUUUAUCAGAACAAACAUCGAUAUUACAUAUCCAGAUUGGAAAGUUAUUCGAAUCCUAUCAUCCAGUGAUCAGAUUCAUGAUAAGUUCCAAAUGUUAGUUGAUCAAAAGCUCAUUGAGGCCUGAUCCACCAACAGCUGCGUAAGCGUACGCAUGCAUCUUGGUAUUGUUCUAUGACUUGCUCCAUGCUGCAUAUUCGUCGUUUACAUGUAUUUACAAUGUUCUUUGCUAUAU